UUCUUAGACCUCGAAGCUUGAACCGUCGUCGGAGGUGGGAUUCUGGGGUAGAGAUUGAGAACAAUGGGAAGCGCACCGGCACAGAUUCCGACGAGCUUCGGACACGAGCUAAGGGCUUGUCUCCGUUGCCGUCUUGUCAAGACUUACGAUCAGUUCAGAGAAUCUGGGUGCGAGAAUUGCCCUUUCUUCAAGAUGGAAGACGACCAUGAGCGUAUUGUGGAUUGCACCACACCUAACUUCAAUGGAAUAAUCUCGGUGAUGGAUCCAAGCAGAAGCUGGGCUGCAAGGUGGUUAAGAAUCGGGAAGUUUGUCCCAGGAUGCUACACACUUGCCGUCUCAGAAGCACUCUCAGAGGAUUUGCAGAUCCUAUGCCAAGAAGAGCGUGUGCAAUAUGUACCGCCAAAACGCAUAUGAAGAAGUAUCCGGUUAACCCGAAAUGGGUCAAACGUAUGAAAAGAAAUGGCAAGACGGUAUUGCUCUCUUCUGUAUCAGGAUCAUAUAUUUAGUGUUGUGUAUAUUAGACGCUUCAAUCUGCAAUGGAGCAAUGUUGACAUGACUGCAAGUUGUCAGCGUCAAUCUUGAGUUUUAGAACCCAUUAGAUGUCUUCUAUACACACAUAUAGGGGGCUGAAACAAGAAGUGAGUCACUACUGCUCUGCCCCUACUUAACAAAUCUAAUUAAAGCAGUAGAAUUUUUUAUUUA